AUGACGAACGAAGAAAAUAUUUCUACCGAAUUAAAUGAUGGGAAUGGGGAAAAUGAUCAAAACAUAUUUGAGUCUAAUAUUAUAAACACAUUCAGAGAGUUAAAUGAUUAUAGUAAAUAUUUUCCCAAAAAAAUAAAGGACAAUGUGAUUAGAGAAAAAUAUGAAAUACUAAAAGAAAUUAAAAAAUUAGCAACAUUAAAAAAGAACACUUCUUAUAAUAUUACAUCAAUAAUUAAAUUGUUUAAUGCAUACGAAAUAAUUAAUACAGAAAAGCAUAAAUCUUUUCAUUUUUAUAUUUUUAUGAUUAAAUAUUUAUGGAAUUCAUUUCAGAAUAAAAAUGUCAGUCCUAAUUUAAAAACAUAUAUUUGUCAAGCUAUUUCUAAUAUUUUAAAAAAUAUAAAAAAACAUAUUUUAUAUAACUUUUUUUUUGAUUAUGAUAAAAAAUUAUUACAAAAGGACAAUGGAGAAAAUUACAGUUCAUAUGAAGAAGAUAUAGAAAGCAAGAGUGAUGUUACAGAUAAUAGUUAUAUUGAAAUAAGUGGCGAAUAUUUUAAAGAAUAUGAAAAUGUUAUUGAAGAAAGUGAUAUAGAAAGUAGUAUAAAUGAAGCUAAUAUGCAAUCAUUAAAUGAUUUAUAUUAUGUUACAGAUAAUGGGAUUUAUGAAAAAAAUGAAGACGUUGACUCUUUUCUAAGCAAAUCAAUAACAAUUAAUGGAAUGGAUGAAUCUUUUCGUUUCUACAUUCAAAAAAGAAUAUUUGAUAUAAUAGAUUAUAAUUAUUUGUUUGGAUUGUUGUAUGAUUAUUUGAUUGGUAAUGUCAAAAGUAGUGAUGGUAGUAAUCAGUGUAGUCACAAUGUGUAUAAAAAUUAUAUUGGUUCUAUAUUAAGUAUCCUUAUUAAUUUAAAAAACUUUUGUUACUAUAAUAAAGAUGUACAUAAUUUAUUAUUAAAUUUUUCUUUUAAUAAUUUACAUUCUACAAAAUAUGAAGAAUAUAAAGGUAUGAUAGAUACACAAAAUUUAGGCAAUAUGCAAAAAGAAUAUGGAAAUGAUCCUAUGGAUCUGUUGGGAAAUAAAAGGAUGGAUGAAAAUAUGAACAAGGAGUGUAAGAAAUUUGCAAAUGACGAAAAAAUAAAUUCUGAAAUGGAAAUAAAAGAAAAUAAAAGCAUGAACAAUAAUAACGAUAAUGAUGAAUUAAAAUUCAAUAUAGAUAUGUAUGAAUAUGAUGUCGAAAAUUUAGAAGUAUGCAUACGAUAUAAUACGAUAUUUUUAAAUAUUAUGAUAUUAAGUCAGUUGUCUUCUGAUGAUUUAUGUUAUAGAUUAAUCAAAGAUAAAAAACUUUUAUAUUUAUAUAAAAAAGUGAAAAAGUUUAAUUGGCAUAGUAUAAAUUUUUCAUUUGUUAAGAUAAUUUAUAGGGGAUUAAAAUAUUCAUAUUUAUAUAACAUUGAUAUAGAAAAUGAAAUACGAGAAAUAUUUAGCACAUUGUUAUUUUUAUUUUUGUUUUAUAUAAAACUACCAAGUAAUAUGCAGAUAAAUGCGUGUAAAUACCAUAUUCCCGAUGAAUACUCACUGUUAAUUAAUUAUGAUGAUAGUGUAACCAAAUUAAUCUCAAAAAUAUUUGUAUAUUUACUUAAUAAAAGGUAUGCAAAAUCGGAACGAAGAAAUAAAAAUGACGAAAAAUCUGAAAAAAAUCAAUCCGAAAUCAUUGACAUUUUUUUACACCAUUUAAACGACAAUAAUUUUUCUGUUAAUGAUCCAGAGGGAUUAUAUUGUAAGGAUGAUAUUGGAAUAGCGUGUAUUUUAAAAAAUAUGGAUAUCUAUGAUUUUAUAAAUAUUAUUAAUUCUUUGUUUAUCCCACAUAUUCACCCAUCGAAUGUAGGAAAGCAUGUAGGAAAUAUAAGUAUAUUUAUUAAUAAUUUUUUAUAUAGUUUUAUAAGAAAGUUGAAAAGAGAAAAUAUAUAUUUAAAAAAAAUUAACAGUAGUUAUAAUAAUGAUAUGAACAAUAAUAGCAAUUCUUUAUUGUCUAAUAAUUGUGAUAAAAAAAAAGAAUGUAUUUUUAAUUAUAUAAAUAAUUAUUUCAUAACAGAAGAGGAUAAAAAUUUUGUGAUUGAAAAAUUUACAGAAUUAGCAAUACAAGGUAUGUUUCCUAAAAACAUUAAAGGGACAAGUUUAUUUGAAAAUAUAUUAAAGCAUUUAUGCACAAUUGAUGUAAAUUGCUUAGAUGUAUUUAUAAAAAAAAUAUUAGAAGGCUUAGUAAAUGUUAAUAUAUCGACACAAAUCUGUAAUUGUUUGUUUUGCCUAUGCUUAUUAUUACCAUUAUUAAUUAAAUACAAAUCAAAGUAUUUAAAGGACAUAUUAUAUGUUAUGAAUAUGGGUAUAGAUAUUUGUGACAUAUAUAAAAGCUUUACGAUAUUUUCAUUCCUUAGUAUUUUAUUUUCUUAUAUUCCUAUUAUAAAAAUAAAUAGGGAUAUAACUGAAGAAGACUAUAAAUAUGUUAUAGCAGAGUAUAAAAAGUUUGAAAAUGAAAACAUAGGUAUUGAUUAUUUUAAUGGUAAUAAGGACGAUAAUAAUUUAAUGCUUGGAUUGGAAAAUGUUAUUGUAAACCAUUCGAAAAAAUAUUUAACUGAUCAAGAAAUAAAAUUACUAAUAAAGGAAAGAAAAGAAUUUGUCGAUUAUUUAUGUUAUUGGGUCUAUGAAUUUUUUGACAAAAUAUUAUAUUUUAUAAAAUAUACACAAAAUGAACAGUCGAAAGGCAAUAAAAAACAAAAUAGUGAAAGUAAAGAAGAAAAGCUAGAAAAUGAUUUACAUAGUGGAUUAAAGACUACUAUCAUUUCUUUAUUUAUUCGUUUAGAUCAUGAUAUUGCUUAUGAAUUGUGUCUUCAGUUUUUGAAUAAUAUCGAUCAAGAAAAUUCCAAAGCUUUAUCUAUGAUUCCUUAUGCAAUAGGUAUGAUAAACAAUAGGAAAAUUUUCGAUACCGUUUUUAAUGCAUUUUAUAAAAUGGUAAUUACAAAAAAGCAAAAGAAAGUAAAUAAUGUAUCGAAUUGUACUGAUAAUGACAAAACGAAAAAUAUGAAAGAAGGAAAUUCCGAUCAUAAUAUUACAAUUGUCUAUUCUAGGAAUGAAUAUUCAAAUGAUGACACAGUCAAAUGUUAUCUACAUUUUUUAGCAAAUUUUAUUCGAAGAGCAAAUAAAGGUUUUGUAAAUGAGGAAGAAAUUUAUAAGCUAAUUGAAAUAUAUAUAUUAGAAAAAAACAAUUCGGUAUUUAAAUAUGUAUGUAAAAUUAUAUACAGAUUUUUAGAGUAUAAAUUUAAUUUUACUGUUAAAAAUUAUUCCAAUUUUGAAAUUAAUGAAAAUAUGGAUGAACGAGAUAAAAUUUCAAGUCUUGCUUCUUGGUGUGUUCCAUGGCAUAAACACGUUUUUAUGGGAAAACAAAAUAACGAGAAAAAUACAACUACAAAGGUCGCUGAAAAUAUAGCACAUAACAAUUUUGCUUUAAAUGAAGAAAACAAACACGAUGGUGAAUCGUUGAUAAAAUGGAAUAUACCAUCAAUUGAAGAUGUCAAAGCUGGAAAAAAAUUAAUAUUUUUAAUAUUAGAUUAUAUAAUUGAUUUAUUAUUGCAGUAUAAUAUUCCUAUUAACACACCUAACCUUGUUAAAUAUAUUGAAGAAAGAAACUUAAAAAAAAAUAAGUUCGAAUGGAAAUUUACAUUAGAUUAUUUAAAUAUUAUAUCACGAAUAUAUAAAUUAAUUAAAGCAAUUGUUAAAGCAGUAAGCACUUUAUACCCAGAUGAAAGAUACAAUCAUGAUAAAUUAUUAACAAAAUGUCAUAUUAUUGAUACAAAACUUUUCUUCUAUAUAUAUAUAUACAUUUCAGAAAUUAUUAUAAUAUUAUCUGUUCAUGUAUUAAAAUUACCUGAGCAAGUAUUAGAAAUUUCGUCUUAUGUCAACUAUAGUAAUAAUAAAGGAGGAAGUAAAAAAUCAAUUGAUAUUGAAGAAAAAGAGAAUAAGACCAAAUUACGAGAAGACUUUUUUUCAAAUGUAAUAAACAACAGAGAAAAGGAUAUAAAGGCAGACGCAAAAAUGCAAAGAAAACUUAUUAAGAUUAUACAUUUUAUAUUAUUAAAGACAAAUGAUGGUGAUACUGCAAAUUCAUAUAAUGAAUAUAUAAAUAGCGUUUUAUCAUUUACAUAUAAUAUAUAUCCAUUUAGUUUUAACUAUGAUAUAAUUAAAAGCCAAUAUGUUAAUAAUAUAUUUUAUUUAUUUAAUGAAAGAUUAAAACAAAGAAAAAAAAAUUAUUCCUUCAGUGGAUUUCGGGAACAAUUAUGUAAUAUUUUAUUUUUUAUAAAUCUAUCAAUAUAUUCUCAAGUUAGGACAUAUGCUCAAAAUACUAUUAAAACAAUUUUACCCACAUUUAAAAUUAUUAAAGUACCAUUUUUAAAUAUAUGCUAUUUUUAUUUGAAAAAUUAUGUUAUUUUAUAUACUAAAAUUAAAGGGGCACCAAAAAUGGCAUGUAAUGAGAAUACCGAUCUUAUCGAAAAGGAUAGUAGUAUUGAAAUUGGACAAAUUAACAGUGAUGAAAUUGAUAAUGUAUCAAAUAAAGAUGAAUGUAAUACUAAUAUAAAUAAAUUACAAACCUUAAAAAGCUUCAACGAUUUAAAUAAUUCGGAUUAUUUUGAAAAUAAAUGUAUUAGUUGUUUUAAUUCCAUAAUAAUAACUAUAAGUAAUAACUCAGGAUUGAUUAAAAAAAUUAGUGCAGAUAUGAAUUUAUUAAAAAAAUAUAUUAAAGUUAUUAUUAAUAUAUUAAGGUUAGAAAUCGAAAAAGAAGAUAUAAAAUUAAAAUGUAUGAAAUUUAUUUACUCAAUUAUUAAUAAUAGAUUUAUAAAAGAAGAGGGCAUACUUCAAAAAAGAAAAAAAUCUUCUACCGCGAGCUCUAGUACUACUACCAAACAAAAAUCGAAAGAUGAACUAUUUUUGUUUCUAAAAAAACAAAUUGAGCAUGAAAACAAUAAUGUAUAUACACACAUCGUUAUACUCUCCUUCUUUAUUUGCUUUAAUGAUUUUGCGAUAAAAAAUUAUCUUCAAUUUUACUUUAAUUAUCUUCUUGAAAAUCUUUCCAUAAAAAAAAACGUCAAUGUUUAUAAUCUUGCCUUUUUCGGAUUUGUAAAGUUGCUAAAAUCUGUUACUCUUCUUAUUAAUGCGGGUGUGUCUAUCGAAAACGUUACCAAUUCAGUUAACGAGAAUGAGCCAGAUUCAGUGACAAACAACAGCGAAUUUUUACUCCCUGAGUUUAUUAUCUCUACUUUCAAAGGCGAAGACAUUUAUCAUAAUUUUGUUGAAAUAUGUAUAUAUAAGAAUUUAAAAAGCAAAAAAAAAAACAAUAGUAUAAAUUCAAUUAUUAUAAAUUUGUCCAAAGUUCAAAAAUCUUUUAAAGGGUUUGCUCAAAUUAAUGAAUCACACAUAAAGGAUUUUUAUUCGUAUUAUAUAUUUUUCAAGUUUUUAGUAAAAUUACAAAAUAGUUACAAUGGUGUAAUUGAAAAUAACACAAGUGAAAUCAACAGUACGGAUAAUAUUACUACUUCCUCUAAAAUAUCAAACGGUGAUAAUAGUAUUAAUUAUAUUGGUAAAAUAAUCCCUAUUUUAAAAAAACUUCAGAUGGACGAGCAUGUAGAUAAUGAAUAUAAGUCUACAUUAAUUUCUCUAAUAUGCCCUUUAUUAUUAGCUUUAAGAAAAUUCAAAAAUGAAAAGGAAAGAUGCAAAAUAAUUACAGAACUAGUAGCACUAAUGGAAAGUGAAAUAAGUAUUGUGAAUAUGGAAGUAUUUAAUUAUUGGCUAUAUUAUUUUCAUUUAUUAUUCAUAAAUAUAAAAAAAAAAUAUAUAAAUAUAUAUGAAAAGUUAUUUGAUUUUUGCUUAAAUUUCCACUUUAAAGAUGCUUCGAGUUUAGUCGUAAAAAAAAAAGCACAGCUUCUAAAUAUUAUGAUAACAUAUAGUAUACAUAAAAAUAAUCAUUUAAUAGAUAAGCAUAUAAUAAAUUAUUUAAAGUUAAUAAAUAACGAUAAUAUAACAACAAGACAGAUAAUAGGCGAUUUAUUAACAUGCAUUUUAUAUGUGUUAUAUGAUAAUAAAUAUUAUAAGCAUUUAAAAAAUAUAUAUUAUAAUAUAUUAUUAUAUUUAUAUAAUUUAUCAAAUAAUGUUGUUAACUAUUUGCAAACAGAACAAGAUAUCCAUAAACAAUCUAUACACAUAUAUACAUUAGAAACCUUGGCAUAUUUAACAAUAAAUUUAUUUGCCAAUAAAUGCAUGUAUGUUAUUAAUAAUAUAAGUAUCCAAUUUUUAAAAAUGUUCAUCUUGUCCUCUUGUCUCAUUGAUAAUUUUAUAAAUGGAUUAGCAAAUAAAGCAAUUAAUUGCCUUUUAUGUCCUUCAUUAUAUUUAUUUAGACCCAUUGAAUCAGAUCUUUGUAACAUUAAUAAAGUAAACUGUGCUAACAGCAUUUUGGAAAAUGAACAAAAUAAUUACUUUAACUGGGAAAGUUUAUUCAAAAUAAAUGAAAAUGAAGAUAAAAAAGAAGAGGAUUUUAAUAAAAUAUUAGAAGCGAAAAAAGAUAAUUUUGAUAAAUAUAUGGCAGAAGAAACCAAUACACUAUUGGUAAAUAGUUUAGUUUUUUUAAUUAAUAAAAAGGAUUGGAAAGUUCGAAAUUCAACACUACAAUUUUGUUUUUAUUUUUACUCAUAUUAUUGCAUAUAUUAUUAUAACAAAAAAGAAAAUUCAAUUUUAUUAAAUAUUUUUAUAUCAAUGUUAAAUGAUAGUUAUGUUGAAAUUCAAAAUAUAUCACGUCAAAUAUUAUCCUCAGUAUUUUGCUAUUAUGAUAACAAAACAUUAGAAAAAUUUUCACAAUUUUUUUUAAAUAUAACAAAAGAGCAUCAAAAAAUAAGUAUUCAAAGUCCUUCAGAUGACAAUAAUAUAGAUAAAAAUAUUACAAAAAUUAUAGACAAAAAAAAAAACAUAGCUAUAUAUGCACUUAUUAGUAUCGUCAAUUCUUUUCCAAAUUUUGUUCCGAAUUGGCUUCCAAAUAUUUUAAUCACGGUAGCAAGAAUGUCAAACACAUCUACCCAUGUUAUAAAAAAAGAAAUCGAAAAAUGUAUUCAAAAUUUCUUGAGGACUCAUAAGGAUGAAUGGGAAUAUAAAUACAAAACGAUUUUCACAGAGGAUCAACUUAAUAUUCUUGAUAUGUACAGAGGAGGCUUGAAUUAUUUCACAUGA